UCUACUGAGCGGAGGACAUAGUCAAUGCCUCGCCUGCAUCAAGCGCUGUGUUUGUUACUACUUUAGUCUGCAACGCGCCGUCGUAACGUUCGGUCGUGUUCAAGCGCUCAAUAAUUUAAAAUAGCCGAUUGAUAUUUAAAAUAAUAGUCUUAAUUUAUUUGUUUUGUUGCAUUCCUUAGUGUCAAUUCUUCGUUUUAAAUAAAAAUAGUAAAUAGUGCUGUAUUAUUUAUAGAUUCGGAAUACGAGCUUCAUGAACUGUGAUCGUGUUUUGGAUUUUGAACAUUAGUAAAAUAGUGUGUGAUACACCGUAUGCGAAGUGUAGAAAUGAGCGGAUUGACCGUAAGAUCCAAAAGGGGUUCGAGGGGUAGUGCUACACUUCUCGAAGCGGCAAACAGAAUCCUGAAACUUCUCGGCGUGAGUUCCACGAAACGCGGGAAACAACCCUCCACUAAAUCAAAGCCGAACAGUCGUGCCACCAGUGAGGUGCGGGCUCCAUUGGCAACAACAGAGUGCGUAGUCGAGUCGCCGAUCAAAAUGCAGGCCUCUCAAGCAGCGGCAACUCCUGUUCCUACUCCUACGUCUACACUAUCUUCGAAUAACUCAUACAGACACGCCAAAAGAACAGCGAAAGAUUAUAUAUUUGGGAAAAUGAUUGGCGACGGUUGCUACAGCACAGUUUUCUUGGCGAAAGACAUUCACACUGGCAAGGAAUAUGCAAUUAAAGUUUGCGAAAAAAGCUUCAUCAUACGUCAACAGAAAGUGCAGUACAUUAAACGUGAAAAAGAUGCACUAAACAAGCUCUCGAAUGUGCCCCACGGAUUUGUUAAACUAUAUUGCACAUUUCAAGAUGAAGAAAGACUUUAUUUUGUACUUUCGUACGCAAAAAAUAGUGAAUUAUUAAAACGUAUUAAUGAAGUAGGCUCCUUUGAAAUAAAUGUAGCAAAAUUUUAUGCAGCGGAGCUUCUGCUGGCCUUAGAACAAAUGCACGCCAGAAAAAUAAUUCAUCGUGAUUUGAAGCCUGAAAAUAUACUAUUAGAUGAAAAUAUGCAUUUACAAAUUGCUGACUUCGGAACGGUUAAAAUUAUGGAAAAUGAUAAAAAGGAAUCAGCUGUAUCUAUAUCAGAAGAAGAAGAGAAUUCAUCAAAUGAUCGUUCAAGGAAAAUAAGUUUUGUCGGCACUGCACAAUACGUUAGUCCAGAACUGUUGCAACACCGAGUAGACACAUGCGCAUCGGACUUGUGGGCACUGGGUUGUAUCAUUUACCAAAUGAUUUCUGGAUUACCGCCAUUCAGAGGAUCAACAGAUUUUCUUACUUUCCAAAAAAUUUUAAAAUUGGACUACGAAUUCCCGGAAGGUUUUCCAGCUGAUGCGAAAGAUUUAGUUGAAAAACUUCUUGUUUUGGACCAUAAAAAGAGAUUGGGAGCGAGCGACCUGGAGACUAGCGAUACAUACGAAAGUAUCCGUCAGCAUCCAUUUUUCGAAGGAAUCGAUUGGGAAAACAUUUGGGAACAAACUCCUCCAAAAAUUAGCCCAUACUUACCAGGUGGAUCCUUCGAAGAGGAAUACACUGUACCAGAUUAUUUAGAACCUGGUUUGGACAAACGCAAAAUUGUUGAACUAUGGGAGUUGGACUUGUCUACAUCUAGAGGAAUAUUAAAUAUCAGCCCUGAGGAGAAACGACGACGUCUUGAAAUUCAAGCACGUGAAAGUGUUUGGCAUAAAUUCGUAAACGGAGAACUUAUUUUGAAACAAGGACUGGUAGACAAGAGAAAGGGUCUGUUCGCCAGACGCCGAAUGUUGUUAUUGACGACAGGUCCACGCCUGUUUUACGUCGAUCCGGUUAACAUGGUCCUCAAGGGAGAGAUUCCGUGGUCUCCAGAUCUACGUGUCGAAGCCAAGAACUUUAGAAUAUUUUUAGUGUACACGCCCAAUCGUACAUAUUACUUAGAGGAUCCGCAGUCCUACGCACUAGAAUGGGAAAGGGUCAUAAAGGAAGUGCGCAUCGGCACGUACGGGCGGGACACGACUUAGACCGGCGCGGUGCUGAGCCGAGUCGCGCCCGAGUCGGGCCGCGCGCCCGCGUUCCUCCCGCCCUCCGCACGGCGAGUGCACACUUCUAGGAUAUAAACUAGCCUUCAUUUUGAGCACGAAUAUCAACCAGAAAAAUGUUUCGCGGCGAUGUACGACCCGUCUCCUGAGUUAUAUCAGUGAACGAUCCUUUAAGUUUGCGAGAGCCCUGCGCCGCGCACGCUGCGCCUGCGACGCUUCCGAUGCGCCCGCGACGCUUGCGAUGCGCCCGCGACGCUUGCGGUGCGCCCGCGACGCGCUCCGGAGAGAGGACAAGAAGACGACGCCAGUUGCCGAUCGGUCGGUGCACUGCCACUGAAUGACUGAUUCCUACUAGUAUGUCCCGACAGUCUUAAAUUAUUAUUGUUCUUAUUUAAGUUAUUUAAUUGUGGAUAUCUGCCGUCAUUUGUAAAUAUUUGUUGUAAUUUAUUAUUCAAAUUGUUAGCGUAAUGUAAUUGUGUGUAUCGUGGGCCUUUUUUAACUUAAACUUGUAUUGGCCUCGAGAGAGAAGUUGUUAUUCGCCACCCGCGUGUUCACGCAGCCCAUUCCAGUUGGUAACUAGGCAAUUAAUAGCUAAAUUAAUGAUUAUUUAUUUUAUUUUUAAUUAUUUGCCAACGGAAUGCGACUGUUGUACAGAUAUUAAAUGGUAGAGAAUUAUAAACAAACAUAUUAGUACAUAUUGCAAGCUGCCUGUAAUGAUAAUGGUAUGACAGAUUAUUUAAUUUUAAGUAGCUCUUUUUAAUAAUUAUGAGGGUAGUACAGUUCAGGAAUGGGCAAUGCUUCUAUGAGAAGGAAUGCUAAGUGUGGAUUGUGAACCUUCGUAAUUAUACACUGUAUCACACUAAUGUUAACGAUUUUCAUUUUAAUGAAAUAAAACAAAACAUGUAGACACAAUUUGAUAACAUAAUUAUGUUACGAAAUAUAUAGCCGUAUUUGUCGAAAUUGGACAUUUAUUGCCAUUUUUGGGAAAUAUUAUUAACGUUUGCGAAUCAUAUAAAAUUAUUGAUGCAACUAAAAGUCAAAUUAGUAUUCUGGCAAGUUUGUAAAAUGUUUUUAAUUAUGUUCUUUUAUUUACACAAUAAACAACAAAUCUCAAUAUAUUUUGUACGAGAAUUUUUGUAACGCAAACCUUUACCAAAUAUAAAGUUGCAUAAAUAAGUUUUAUGUGAGCAAAAAAGGGUCCUAAAACAUAAAUUCGAAUGUACAGUGGUAAAGAAUAGGUAAAAUAUAUUCGCAAAUACAAAACAAUUGUAGCAAUGAUAAAACAUUAAUUAGGUUAAAUACCUAAUAUUAUCUGUCAUGUAAACAUCUAACAUAAUUCGCCUUCGAUAGUAUCAUUCAGUCAUGGGAGCCGUCAUGCAUGCUAUGCAUACCAUGCACCAUAGUUUUAAUUUAGCUAAAGUAUACGGAAAUACUGCCAAAGGUGGUCACAGAAUUGUUUCAUAGGAAUUUAAUUAAUUAAAAUAUUUGAAACAUACAUACCUUAAUUAGGUACAUAUUUUGUACAUUUCAUGAAUUCAAAUUUUUGCAUACUUUAUUCAAUCAGUGUGCGUAAUUCAACUUGUUAUUUUAAUAUUGUUACAAUAAAGAUCAGUAAUUUCAGGGACACAUAGUUUACCAUAGAUUUUGUUUUGUUUUCUAUUGAAAAUGUUACGUUGUAUGAUUUAACUUAAUAGUUUUAAAUGCCUGAACUUGCCUGGAAGUAUUUAUUUCAGUGGGGGCUUACUAUAAUGGGAUUAAAUCCAAGAUCUUUUAGACAAAAUAUAUAAUCUAGGAGUAAUAGAAUUUCAGAAACUAAAAACCGAACUAUAAUAGAUUAAAUUGGCCAUCAACAUUAAUUGGGAUGUGACUACUCCAUGACAUUGUUAUUAAUAAACUAUCUGCAUUUAAAAUUUAAUAACUGUUAACUAUACUAGUUAUAUUUUAAAACAUUUGUAUUGCAUGAAUUCCAUAAAGUAACUAAGUAAAUAAGAAAUUGAAAAUAAAUUGAAGUUGAUUUUUUA